AUGUAUUCAAACCAGCACAAUCUGUAUAACAGCAUCCAACAGCAUCAUGACAGCACGCCGCAUAAUGACCAUUAUUCAUAUCAAACUACGGAACCGAGAUCCAAUCAUCCUUCACAGUUUUUCGAUACCCAGCAUUCAUCCGGACACUCGCAAAGCCCUCUCAUAGACUUCGAAAUACCAUCACAUGCAGAACCAGAACCAGAAUCCGAUACAUGCUACUAUGCACCUUAUUCUCCUGACUAUGAUUCUGGUUACUCGGUCAAUACGUCUGAUAACGAGGAUCGUGAUCCGCUCAACUGGCAGCCUCCUAUUAUCGAAACGGACUUCACCAAUAUCGACGAAGCGCUCGAACUUAAAUUAAAUACUGCAGACUCACUCUAUCGAUUAUUCAAGGCAGGAAAACUCAAAGUCCAGGUCGGCCCUCAGCAGAGAUGGGCCAUACUUUGCCCAGAUUGUGAUGAAUGGUGCCAAACGAGUACUCACUCCUCCAUUGCACUCUGGAUCGAAGGCCAAAUUUAUACCAUUGAGGAACCACCGCGGCAGUAAGAAGUGCGCCCAGACCGUGACUAAUAAACAAAAGCAGCAUGUUCGGAACGUGUCUGAUGAGCCAACCCCUCGUUCACUCGU